ACUCUCGCACCAGAUGGCGACAGAGAUCCUUUGUCGUGGGAGAAGGGUUCUUUCCUCUCUCGCACGGUCACCUAUUGUGGUUAUUGAUCGCCGGCUCAUUUUUCACAAUAAGGCCGCAGGGAAAUCCGGCGUUGUCGACUAUAGGCUGUUGAAUUUCCGGACCCGUUUUUUGGUUGUAGUAGUUUGGUAUUGAGUUUUCAUUUUAUCGCGCUUUGCCUCUGGCUAAGUAAGUAUCUUACUGUUACUCUCUCGCAGACAGGAUGACCUCCCAGUUAAGACUUCUCAACAUGGCCGGGGAUGACGCCGCGGUCAUGCAUAUCCCGGACAUUGUGGAGUCCGUGGCGGACUUGGAGGCGGCUCUGCAGGCCAGCCAGAGCGGCUUUCUCAUCGAGGACCCUAUCAACUGCAAAUAUGUCUGGGUCUGGAAGUUUGUCAUGCACAUUUUGCAUCCCGAUCCCCGGGCCCGGCGAUGUCUGUGAUGCAUGCUCUAGCAUCACAGCUAUUGUGACGGCUUUCUGAUGCCCAUACUGCAUGAGAAAUGCCCCCUCCGUGUAGCAAAAAGCGCACCUCUUUUGCUGUUCCUGCAAUACAGAUUUUUUCAGAAUCCAAAUGCAGCAUUACAUACAAUACAAGUUACAUCCUUCCAGAUUCAGACAUAUUUGCAAUUCAUAGACCCGGGGACGUAUCGAUUCUUUUUCCUCGUGCCGAGUGACGGGGCGGAUUUCUUACCGCCCGGGGGCAACUGGCGGGAGGAGGCGCGGCGGUGGGGUGGUAGUAGUAGUGCCAACAUUGUGAAGGACGAGGAAGACGGCGCAGAUGUCGAAAUUAGUACAACUGCGUCCACAGAAACGGCAGCAAGCGAGGGGGAUAAUAUAACUACUUCUGCGACGACUGAUUCUGUGCUCCAGUACGUGGCCAAGCCAAAAAACUUCAAGGACGUGCUAAGGGACGUGGUCGAGGCGCAUCGCCGCGCGGCCACGAGCAAGGAAGAGCUGGCGAGGCACACGGAGCUGACCGAUUUGCUGUCCAAGCAUGUGGACCGGGAUUUUGCGGAAUACAUCUUGGAGCCUUUGGAAAAGGAUACCGCGGUGGAGGCGACCCUGUGCAAGUGUCUCGAUCUGCUGAGUUUCCUGAAGACGUUUUUUGUGAAGCAACCGAGGCCGCUGUUUGCGAAGGAGUCGUGCCGGAAGCCGGUGGAGGCGCUACUUCGGACGGCCGAGGAGCACUGCCGGGUCGUAGGCGAACACGCGCUCGAACACUCGCUGGUACGGGGGCAUUUCUCAUACCUCUUCGUCCUAGUAGUUGUCAGGAGCGUGGACGCAAAAAACAGCGAGAGUGCGCAAGUACAACUGGUAGAAAUGCUCAUCCGGCUGAUCAAAGCGCAUGACGACUGGAGCAAGGAUCCCGUGACACCGCUGCUAAACAUUCCGUGCUCGCUGCCCGAGUGUUUGGAACUGCAUUUGAAGGCGAAUGCGGACGAUAUGGCCUUGGCACCCGUGCCGUUUUUCCUUUUGCCCUUCUCGCGCCAAAUUACCUCGGAGGAGAGUGUCCCCCGUGCCAUGAAGGUCUUGUUGCAGGCGUUCGAUUGGCCAGAGGAGUUUUUUGGUUGGUACAACGUCAAAAAGAACAACAUGCUGCUGACCUUAUUAGACCGACCCCGACGGGAGGUUCGGAAAAGCCAAGGGUGGCAGUCGGAGCCGGACCUGUGCGUGUUUUUGGCCAAGAAAAUGACUGUGCACCAACUCUGUUUGGACAACCAGGACGGGCGCGUAGCCUUGGGCGUCGCCGCCGCUUUGGCGGCAAAGUUGCGCGCGUUCCUACCCGUCGUGAAAGCGAUCAAGGACCGAUUGGUCGGCGAACUGCAGCAGCCGGGCUGCGACUUCACGCCUUUGGACGUCAGCGAGAUGAUUUGGAGCCUCGAGGACGAACUGGAGACCGGGGACUGGACGGGCGACGCUGCCGUCAAAGCGCGCGCGAUGGUGGAGGAGGCCAUCCAGGCGUUCGAGAAAUUCGAGCAGGAGCACCAGGGCAGUGACGCGGAGGGAGAGGACGACUCGCAGGACGGGAAGCUCAUGUCGGAGCACCAGGCACUGUGCUGGAGGUUGUCCGGGGCUGCGGGUCUUCUCGCGAGUCGCGACGAGGAUUUGUAGGCUUUCAUUUCAUGAACGAGGGGAGGAUAGAUACGACUGAAAGACAGAUAAAAUGUACAUGGCCGAUUUGUUUAUGUUUUCAUAAGUGCCAAAGAAGCUUAAUUGUUUUUUUUGCGGGCCGGUUUCUGAAACGUUCUACUUCCGCAUACUGAAGAAAGUCAGCAGACCUUCUUGUUUCAUGGUCUGCCACAGGUGUCCAAGCAGGCGUGACCGCUGCUGUACUCUAACGGGCUGUGCGCAGCUGCCUAUGGCUGAUCAUAUGAGUUGUAAUGCACCAGCAAGAUUGUAGCCUGUGUUGGGAAUGAAGUACAAUUCGGCACUUUGCUGUUGAUUCACAUCCUAAG